AUGAGUUUGUGGAGCUUCAGCGACGAGCUACUAUGUAGAACCUUUCCAAUGACCUUGACGGGUAAGGCUCUAACUUGGUUCUCACAAUUAGAGUCAAAUUCAAUUAGGAGUUUCGGGAUGCUUUCAGAUGUGUUUUUCGAUCAAUACAAGAUUAACCUCGGAAUCAAAAAAGAGAGAAGUCAUUUAUUCCUCUUGCACAGAGAGCCUGGCGAAAGUCUUUUUGAUUUUAAUAGGAGGUUUUGUCAGGAAGUUAAUGAAAUUGUAAAAGUGGAAGAGGGAUUCGUAAUAGAGGCAUAUAAAAAUGCAAUGUAUUACGAUGAGUUUGGAAUUUACAACUCGUUAGAAGUUCAACCAGUCAAAAACCUCAAUGAGUUGUAUGACAGGGGUGAUAGGUAUGCCAAAGCCGAGAAGGAAAAGAAAGCAAAGUUGUCACGAACCACAAAAAGGUACCUUGCUGAAAUACAAACCGAGAAGAACAAUGGUUAUGCAAAUCGUACACUCAAGGAGCUAGCUUCUCAUAAGUUGGACCAACAAUAA